GAUGAAGAGGAUCCUCUGCGUUCUGAAGACGACGAAGUGUUUGCUGAGGAUUAUCUGCUCAGAGUGUGUGAUGCGCUGCAGUCCUCCCCCCCCCUCUCUGAUCACCUGUUACAGGUGUUGGAUGGGUUCUCCCCCCCCUCCUCAGUGGUGUGUCUGUACAGUGAGCUGCGAGGCGUGUUGGGGGCGUGGCCUCAGCUGCUCAGAGACUUCGCUGCCUUCCUGAGCCAAUCACAGGCCAGGAGCUGCGGACUGCUGGUAGAGCAGCAGCUGUUUGAACGCAGCCGGAGGUUCCUCCGCAGAUUGGGGCGUGGCCUGGGAGAAGGCUCCGCCCCCUUCCAGCAGGUGGUGUCAGUGCUGCAGGGAAGCUCCGCCCCCUUACCUGAGGACAUGGAGCAGAUCUCAUCUCUCCUGGGUUGUCACGGCGACCUGCACAAGGAAUUCUGGGAGUUUUUCAAGCAGCUUCACGGCCGGGCCGUAGAGACGGACUCCAUUUCCCAGAGUCCUCCUCUGAACAGGGACAGGAAGAGAGACGAGAGACCUGAGGAGGCGGAAUUAGAGCAACUUGAAGAGGCGGAGUCAGAGCUACUUGAGGAGGUGGAGUUAGAGCAACUUGAAGAGGCGGAGUCAGAGCUACUUGAGGAGGUGGAGUUAGAGCAACUUGAAGAGGCGGAGUCAGAUCAACUUGAGGAGGCGGAGUCAGAAGAACUUGAGGAGGCGGAGUUUGCGGAGGCGGGGUCAGAACGACCAGAAGAGGCGGAGUCAGAGCAAACCGACGGCGCCAAAAUCAUGACUCUGAGUGACGAAAAAGUGAUCUGGACCCGGCUGGAGGACCGCAGCAUCCUGACCUCCAGCCAGCAGAGAGGAGCCAGCAGGAGCACCUUCAGCCUGAUCUCAGAGCAGCUGGAGGACAAGACCCCUCAGCAGGUGAGUCUGCGUUUCGACCACCUGAUGAACCUGUUCCUCUCCAGCAGCAAGACGCCUGACCACUGACGCUCCUCACUGCACACACACUGCACACACACUGCACACACACUGCACACUGCACACAUACUGCACACUGCACACACUGCACACUGCACACACACUGCACACACACUGCACACACACUGCACACACACUGCACACUGCACACAUACUGCACACUGCACACACUGCACACUGCACACACACACUGCACACACAC